UGGCAGCGGACGGCGGAAGGGACGCAAGGGCGAGCGCGAGCUGGCGGUCGACGUGGGCAUGCUCGGCUUCCACUUUGACGACUCGCGGGUCGAGCUGUACUCGGCGAGGGACUCUGGCCGGGCGGCGCGGGCUGCGAUGCGUGAGCGUGCGCGCGAGGGCAACAGCUCCGCGGCGUCGCCAUCCAUCUCCUUCUCCAAGGACCAGUAUGUCCGGGCCUCAGCCCGGUUCCUCGUCUCACUCCCGCUCCCGGCCCGCGUCGCCGCCAUGCACACCAUCGACAUGAACACGGACUGGGACGCCAUCGAAGCCGUCCUCCUCUUUGACGACGCAGAUGCGCCGCUCAAGUGCCCGAUCUGUCUCGAUCCGCCGACCAUUCCGCAGGUCACCAAGUGCGGCCACGUGUACUGCUACGUCUGCAUUGUCCGCUUCAUCUCGGUCAUGACCAGCGGCUCGGUCACCUCGGGACGCGGCUGCAAUGCCGACGAGGACCUCAUCUCCGGAAAUUUGUGCCCGUGUCCGAUGUGCGAGGCUCACGUCUCGCUUCGAACCCUCAAGUCGGUUGUCUUUGAGCCAGUCACAUCGGUGGCGCGUGGUGCCCGCAUCUCGCUCCGCAAGCUCGUCCGCGAAGUCGACUCGAUUGUGGCCCUCCCGCCGGGCCCGGACGCGCUUGCUGUCCGCGCUGCAAACUUGCUUCCGGGCCCUAAUCUACUUGGCCCGGACGCCGCGCGGUUUGUCCGUACACUUGCGGCCGACUCGGCCACGCUCGGGACUCUGCUUCACGCCGAACACGCCGGCCUCGUCGCUGCCCGCGCCCAGUUUGUCUCGUCGGGCGAGCCCGAGUUUCUGCCUGCCGUCGACCUCGCUCUUGAACGAGUUGCCGACCGCAUCGCCGCUCACGCCGCGGCGGAAGAAGCAAAAGCGACCGGCGCGCCUCCAGAGUCUGCGGCACCCCAUGACGCCGCUGCCUCCAAGACAUACACACUCUAUCAGGGCGCCGACGGGCAGAUGGUUUUCCUCGACCCGUUCAACAUCCGCAUGCUCUUCCAUGAGUAUGGCUCGUACGCGGCGUUCCCCGACUCGGUCUCCGGUCGGAUUGUUGCCCUCCACCCGCACCGACAGAUGCCUGCCACCCGCAAGCGGUACAAGCACCUGGCACACCUCCCGCUCACCGCCAACUUUGUCUUUGCCGAGCUCGAGUUUGACGACGGCAUUCUCUCGCCCGAGACUCUUGCCGAGUUUGCCAAACUCAUCGCCUCGCGUUCGGCCAAGCGCCGACAGGCCGACAUCAUGGCCGAACGCGACGCCGCCGCCGCCGCCACCGCCCGCGAGCAGUCGUGGAGAACUCGGCUCAACAAGCCGAUGCCGCGCUACGCUGCCGCCGACUUUCCCACUUUUGGUGGCGCCUCCACUGCCGACGACGAUGACGACCUGUUGCUUGCCGCCGCCAUUGCCGCCUCAGCUGCCGCCGCCGCCUCAGCUGCGCCGCCGCCCCAGCCCGAGCUCGGCUCGCAGGCGGUCAACUCUGGUCACACGUUCACUGCCGCACUGCGCGGCGGGUUCGUCUCCAACGCUGUCAUGUUUCCGGCGCUCGGCAAGCCGGGUGCUCCGGCGUCGUCACCGCCGCCGGCGUCGCCCGCCGCAGCCUCAUCGCCGCCGGCCUCGGGCGCGUGGGGCUCGCCGCGCUCGCACACCUCUGCCGCCUUUACCGCCCCGUCCCAACCCAUCGGCGCCCGUGGUGCCAAGGGCAAGUCGGGCAAAAAGGGCAAGAAGAAGACGCUCCUCUUCACCAAUUCGACCACCCGCGGCAAGUCAUGACGCCCACGGUCUUGGGUCAUAGUAAACGCCAUUGGUCGACCCGCC